AUGGAUCCCAACAAUAACCCUCUUAACACCCAAAAUUCUACUAAUUAUUCUUUCAACUACCCAAAUCCCAACUAUAUAUUUCAAAAUCGAUCUUCCAACCAACAAGGUCCCCAAAAUAUACCAAAUUUCAUAAUACCGUCAUCUAAUCCAAACUAUCGUCCAUAUUAUGGAUCUAUGAUGUCAUAUUCAUCUCAAAAACCACCUUAUUAUUCUUUUACUCCAAUGGAAAAUGAAAAUGUUUCUAAUGUUGGACUUGAUGAAUUUCCUGAUUUUUCUAUACAAACGGCUCUUGGUGGCAUGAGCGAUGGUCAUGGAGCCACUCCAAAUGCAGAGGAUUAA